UUGCAUUGUGCUCGAAGCAUUUAGUCUUUUACAGAAAGAAAAAAAAACAAUCAAAACAUAAAAGUGUGAAAAUGGCAACGGAUGGGACCACUUUUCCUGAAGGAGAUGCAGAAGCUGAACUCAAUCCUGGACAGAACAAGAGUUUCGAAGUAGAUCCUGUUUCUUCAGAGAUUGCUUCCGAUAAGAUACAACAGAAUUUGGAAAGGAAGGAAAACGCAAAGGCAAAAAGAGACGCAACCCAAACGCUGAAGAAGACAAUUAUCAUAUCAGCCGUGAUCGUGGCCGUAGCGGGAGCCGCCUUCGCUAUCACCAAAAAGCUUAAAGAGAAAUGAUUUUGAUUUACAAAAGUUAAUCCUCAAUUUUCGUCUUUCAUAUAUGUAAUUUUAAUUAUUUUAUAACGAAACUAAGAGAAUACAUCUAUAAUUAUAAUA